GAAGCAAAGCAGUCAACUAAUGAAUCUAAAUAAGUACAUACAAUUACACAGAAUUCCUUUGUAACAAGUAAGAUUUAAAGAUGGAUAUUUUUAACAUUUUCUUCAUAAUUUUGACCCACACCUUUGUGCAGGAGACAUUUUCCACAUUUGUUGCAGAAAUUUGUAAAGGAAAAUUGCCCAGUAAACUGCAAGCCUUCUCCGUCGCGUACGAUGGAGACGAUUCUAUUUACAUUUUUGGUGGCACUGGGUCAUUUUUUGACGACAAAGAUCGAGAGGUUAUUCGACGCUACUCAAUUUCAACGGAUCGAGUCGAAUCUUUCGCAAAGUUUUCACCAAAUCUUAUCUACGGAACUGCCAUGUAUAACCAGGCUGGAUUUUUCUAUUACUUCGGUGGUUACGAAUAUAGCGCUUCGGAAUAUUUUUCAAAUAAAAUCUAUCAGUUUCAUCCUUCAAACAAAUCCGUAAAUACUGUGGGGACACUGCUUCCAUUCCGAGUUUAUGAAAGUGCAGAUUUUCAAAUUAACUCUAGCACGAUAUACUUUUGGGGUGGUUAUGGAGACGAUCGAUUGCUAUUCAGUUAUAACGGAGUCACUUCGAGUAUUACCAAACUGCGCGACCUGCCAAUUUCUUACAAUACCGGAACGGCCCUUUACGACAAAAUUGGAGAAGUCGCCUACAUAUUUGGUAGUGAACCACGCCAGUCAAAUAAUACAGCAGCCCCCAUAUUAACAGGUGCCCCUAUCGUUGAGUACAACCCAAACAAGGAUACCUUGAAAAUUGUAUACUUUUCAAACUUUCCCGGCAUAACGUCGUAUAUGCGGGCAUCCCCUGUAUCGGAUGAUAAGCGAAGAGUUGGGUAUAUUGUUGGCGGAUAUAAUUCGAAUGGAACUAUUUUGCAAGUUAACUAUACCACGCUUCAUGUUUGUAACAUCUCGGUGCAAAAUAUUCCCGGUGCGGAAAAUGGGACAGUGUUUAAUCGAGCUGGGACCGUUUUUGUUCCAAAAUUGGAUCGCAUCUACAUUCUGGGAGGAUUACUCACACGGUUUAAUACAACCACAGAUCUAGUGGAAUCUACUACUGUGCUGGAGGAUAUAUAUUAUAUUGAUUUGCGUCGGGGGCAGGAUGCAACUGAGACGACGACCGCACCCACCACCGCCACACCGACAACACCCACUACUUCCAUACCGAUAAGUGCGGAUUGUGCGAAGAAGGCGGACGGAUUUUACCCAGAUCCAGAUUUUUGCAAAGCAUUUUUUGGCUGCUUGGCUGGGAAGGGGUCAGACUAUCUUUGUCCAAAAGAACUCUUAUUUGAUCCGGCUAAAUUAAAGUGCAACUUUCCUCACUUGGUCGUCUGCAAUUUCACCUGCAAAAACAAACCGAAUGGAAUCUAUGCAGACCCGAAUCCAACGAAAUGUGACACUUUCUUCGGCUGCAUGAAUGGGGUCAAAAAUUCAUUUAAAUGUCCAAAUUUACUCGUUUUUGACAGAUCCGAGUUGCGUUGUAAUUAUCCCCUUUUUGUUAAGUGCUGAAAUUCUAAGUAGUUAAAGUUAGGUAGUUGAGUUUAAAAUAUUGCAUCGAUUUUUUUGUGCAUGGCAAUUUGACACUACGAGUAAUCGGUGAAGUAAGAAUAGAUACCUGAAUGUGUAUUAUGGGUUUCUUUAAGUAUAUACAACAACUGACAUAAUAAAUAAAU